AUGCUCUCACUACAGGUAUUUCGCGAUUUUUUGCGAAAAUUCAUCCUCGUUUUCUUUGAUGAUAUACUAGUCUACAACCCUACGAUUGAAGCCCAUAUCGACCAUUUGGAGUUAGUGCUCAAGCGGCUUCAACAACACAAGUUAUAUGCGAAUAGGAAGAAAUGCUUAUCUGGACAUCCAAGUGUAGAGUAUCUUGGGCAUAUCAUUUCUGCAGAAGGUGUUUCAGCCGACCCUAGUAAGAUCAAGGUUAUGCAAGAUUGGCCUAUUCCUAAGUCACUCAAGGAGUUAAGGGGAUUUUUGGGUUUGACAGGAUAUUACCGCAAGUUCGUCAAGGAGUAUGGUGCUAUUGCAAGACCAUUAAUAGAUCAACUUCCCAAGGAUACUUUUGGGUGGACUUUGGAGGCAUAA